UUGCCAUCUUCAAUUCAAUUCGUACCUUCCUAGGUUGACGGUUGAAGAGCAACGGCUAUAGCUUUGUCUGUUUGUUACAAGAAAUCUAGUGAGCUUAUAUAUAUAUAUAUGUGUGUGUGUGUGUGUAUGUUCCCACAAACCCUAGAAGUUAAAAGGCAAAAAACUUUAAGAGAAAAUGGUGAGAUCACCUUGUUUUGAUAGUAAUGGAAUGAAGAAGGGAGCUUGGAGUGGAGAUGAGGAUAACAAGUUGAGGGCUUUUAUUCUCUCACAUGGCCACUCAAAUUGGAGAUUGCUUCCAAAAUAUGCCGGUCUUAAAAGAUGUGGGAAGAGUUGCAGAUUACGUUGGGUCAACCACUUGAAACCAGGCGUCAAAAGGGGAAAGUUCAGCAAGGAAGAAGAGGAUCUCAUCAUCAAAUUGCACGCCCAAAUCGGCAACAAGUGGUCCGCCAUUGCAGCCGAGCUCCCGGGAAGAACGGACAACGACAUCAAGAACUUCUGGCACACGCGUGUGGUGCGACGAAGAAAGCCUAAUUCAGCUGCUUCUUCUUCAUCUUCUUCUUCUUAUCAUAAGCUGCUGGAAAUGGCUCCAAAUCACCAAAAUGAUGCCACUAAAAUUCAAGAAUCCAUGCUUGCAUUCGAGUGCGAUACUAAUUCUUCAGCUACACAAUCCCAAUUUGAUUUAUGGGAUGAUGAGUUCCCAGCUGAAUUUCCAAAUUAUGCUGAUUUCCCACCAUUAAUACUAGAGGAAGAGUUUUGCUAUCCCCAAUUUUAUUACAAAGAUUGGUUUGCAGAUGAAGAUCAUAGCAUCAUGUUCAAUGCUGUCGGUGGGAGUAUCUGGGACGAAUCUUUUGCGUUGACUACUUCAGAUAGUCAACCUCAAAGUAGGGUUUGUGUUCCACUAGAGGGAGGGGUGGGGUUUUACGAUACGGUUUAAUUUUUGCUUAGUUAUGGAAUUCAUGAAUUUUUUUAGCUUAUAAAAUAAAAUAGGAAAGUGGGAUGAGGAUGCAUGGGGCAUUAUGUACAAAAAUUACUUGUUUUAAUUUGAACUUUUAGGUAAUGAUAGAUCUAGGUAUGAAAUUUUUGUAUUUUCUUGUAUUACAUUAUUAACCAUGUGGCUCGAGGAGCGGGUGCGCGCUCAGCUCGUGCGAGCCUCUCGCCGAUGCCGCUCCCAC